AUGUCAGAUUUAGGUGCAGCUUCCCUUACCAGACCCGUCAACAUCAAGGAGAUCAAAAGAACCAUUAAGAGCCUAAGUAAUGAUAAAGCCCCCGGUCCAGAUGGGCUCCCUGCAAAAUUCUAUAAGUAUACCAAGGAGGAAUGGCAGAAGCUCACAAUAAUAGGCCAUCGCCACAUGUCCACCAUAUCUCCGCUUACAGAUACAUUCAUUUGUCAUUCGUCUUCAGGAAUUUAUUAUCGUAGAUGUCUACAUAUACACGGCUUUUAUACAGAGGAGGUAGAAAUAGAAUUUGCAUGUCUAUAUAUAUUUUGCCCUCUGAAAUGUAUAAAUAUUGAAGAGGUUCAGAGAAGGGUAUGGACAGUUGAGGAGGAUAUUCGUCUCUUACGAUACGUUAAACUUCACGGUGACCGCUGCUGGAGCAAUUUGGCUAAGGCAUCCGGGCUGCAAAGAUGUGGAAGAAGUUGCAGAUUAAGGUGGUUAAACUAUCUUCGUCCUGAUAUUAAACGCGGCAAUAUUACUCCUCAAGAAGAAUGUACCAUAAUUGACCUUCAUGGAAGCUGCGGUAGCAGGUGGUCACUGAUAGCAGAAACGAUCCCAGGCCGAACUGACAACGAGACAAAAAACUCCUGGAGAUCUCAUAUGAAAAAAAAGCUUCAAAAGAGGCAAGACACACCAAGC